GCUCCUGAAAAUCGCAACGUCCGGGUGUUACUUCCGUCAAUCGUUAUCGAAAUUCAUUUGGAUAAAGGCAGCGCUCGCUGCUCGAAUUCGAGUUUAGGGAUUGAGCGCCGAUCCAUAUGAUCCCUCUUUCGAACGAGUCGUACCGCCGCUCGAGCCGGCUAGACCUAGGCUGCGGCAUGGGAGGUAGGGACGGCGCGCCGGCGUCUGACGUGCGCUAGGGCAGCAGCAGGCACAUCAGCCUUGGUUUAACAGAGGGAACGGCGGACAUCGAAAGUAGUUGGCGAUCUGCACUCAACUACUCACAAUCAGUAGUCGGUCGUCGGACGCUGGUUAGUUGAGCGAUCAGCGCCGAGAGAUUGGUCGGAUCGUUGAGUAUAGUUUUUCGUACCCUGAGUUAGCACAAUCAGGCCUUAAACUCCGUUCGAUUCUGUGCAUCGCCAGUGUAUUCGCCGAACGCCAAGUGCGAGCUGCACCAGCGUUACCCCGGGAGCCUGAAAGACCUUCCGUGUCUCCGUACCUGUGCGGUGGGUAGCAGUUUCUUUAUCACUCCCGUUUACCGUCCGGUACGCUAGUUGUGUUGUUAUAUUCGUCCAACGAGUCACGAGUGACAAGUGUCGUGCACCGGAUGUUUGUUUGCGUGCCGUGCUAGGUGCGGGACGAGGUGCGACACCGUCCCCUGCUAUUCUCAACGACGAUGUCUUCGCGGAUCUGAUACGGCUUCCGGUAGAAAGUCGUAACUUCAUCUGGGACAAGAGGGGGCUCAAAUUUUCUCUCGCCAGAGCGGAAGGGACUUCGUCUCAUGUCCUCUACGAAGAUAGCAGAUCUCUCGGAACAGGAUCACAGCAAGGUUCGGACGGAAGCGACGGAUGAAUUUUGUGAGACAAUACUUUUUUUCAUCACCACUACCGUCGGUCACCGCCACCAACAGCAUCACUCCCUCGGGUAACAACAAACGUUACGUUCGAAUCCCCCGCACUCCUUCGCCGCUCCGCGGCGCAAAUGGAUUUCUAAUGGAAAUGUAACAUCCACCGGGACUGGAUUUAAUUGGAAGCCGGACCGGCGAUCAGAAAAUUGAAUUUCGAAUCGCCGUGGGCCUGGGAGGCCGCAAUUAUCGCGGGGCUCGCCGAAAAUUCGGGGGGUAGCAAAGAAGCGGGAAUCGUCGUCGCGUCAACUGUGAAGUAAUCUCGGUCGCAUAUGUUCACUAGCGGCACCUGUUCCUCGCCGAUCUUUCUGUCACUUCGACCUCCGUGUCUGUCCGGGUCCGUAUCCAGACGGGUAAUGAAGCCAGGAUAGACGCACGCUAAUAAUUUCGGUUCGCAAACCCGGCGAAAUCAUUUCGAGAUGUACAAAAUCCUGAGACGCGGUACCGGCCGGACGUUCGUCUUGUGCGGUGUUGUCAUAUCCCUUUUGCUCUGCAUUUACUACGUGAGCCAGGCUCAGACCCCACCGCCUGGGCCCGUAAACGUCCUCAACGAGGGACUCCGGUACGACAGAAGCCUGACCCCUGAAUCUCCCGCCCCGAGUGAUUAUCCCGACGCCAAGGUCUCGACGGACAACUGCCCGGUCAUCGCACCCAGCAAAACCGACGUCGACACGCAGGAGGUCUUCAACAAGUUCGAGUUCCAGCCCUCUUGGAUGCGGAGUCGAGAGUACUGGGACGACAGUUUCGAACAACGUUACGCUCAACUUAAAAAGGACGAACACCGACUACCCUUAAAGGUCAUCGUGGUUCCCCACAGCCACGCGGAUCCGGGAUGGCUCAAGACUUUCGAGCAGUAUUUUCAUUCCUCGACGAGGGGAAUCCUCAACAACAUGGUGACGAAACUACAGCAGUGGCCAAACAUGACCUUCAUUUGGAGCGAAGUUUCCUUCCUCUCGCUAUGGUGGGACAGUGCUCACCCGACGAAGAAAAGGGCGGUGAAAAAGCUGGUCAAGGAAGGAAGACUGGAAAUGACAACCGGCGGUUGGGUUAUGACGGACGAGGCAACCUCGCACAUUUAUGGAAUGCUAGACCAGCUCAUCGAAGGACAUCAGUGGCUCAAAACCAACUUAGGAGUUGCGCCGGAGUCCGGAUGGGCCGUGGACCCUUUCGGACACGGGGCGACGGUCCCUUACCUACUCAAGUCCUCGGGUAUUUCCGGUACGGUAAUUCAACGAAUCCAUUACGCGUGGAAGCAAUGGUUCGCUAAGCACCAGUACGGUGAUUUUCAUUGGCGUCAACCUUGGGACCACACCGGCUCUACGGACCUGCUGACGCACAACCAGCCCUUCGACAUAUACAGCAUAAAACACUCUUGCGGUCCGCACCCGCAUAUUUGCCUAAAUUUUGACUUUCGGAAAAUCAACGGCGAGUACAACGAGUACACGGUGCGGACCGUCGAGGUCACGAAGAAGAAUGUCAAGCAGAUAGCCGAACUGCUGCUGGAACAGUACGCUCGGACCGGUUCUCUCUUUCCGCACAACGUCGUUCUGAUGCCACUCGGGGACGACUUCCGUUACGAUCAUCCGAUAGAGUGGGACCAGCAGUACACCAACUAUAAAGCCCUGAUGGACUUCAUAAACGAGAGAAAGGAGGAGUACAACGCGGAGGUGGUCUUCGGAACCCCGAGAGAUUACUUCAGAGAGAUCGAGACGCGUAGGCAGCAGUACCCGACCCUGAAAGGGGACUUCUUCGUAUACUCGGACAUCUUCAGCGAAGGACGCCCCGCCUAUUGGAGUGGCUACUUCACGACGCGUCCGUACAUGAAGAUCCUCGAUCGCGAACUCGAGGCAAACCUGAGGUCCGCCGAGAUCCUGUACACCGUGGCUUUGAACGUCGCCAAGCAAUCCGCGCAGGAUAUAAAGCUCUUCGAGACUUACUUCGAAAAAAUUGUGCGGGCGAGACGGAACCUGGGACUCUUCCAGCACCACGACGCGAUCACGGGGACCUCGAAGUCGGUCGUCAUGAAAGAUUACGCGCUCAAGCUGUUCGAGUCGUUAUCCGAUAUGACGAGUCUGCAGAGCUUCGUGAUCCAGUCGCUGGCCGUUACUGCCCCGAAGACGAAUUCGGUGUACGUUAUACCCGAAUCGGACAGAGAUAGCUACGAAAAACUUCCGAAGAAAAUUCCUAUAGUGUUGAAUAAUCUCGAAAUUCGACAGAUUCUCCUAUUCAAUCCACUCGCCCAGACCCGUCAAGAAGUUAUCACGCUCAAGGUGACCUCUCACCUCGUCAGAGUCCUCGAUCCCCACAAGAAUCCGAUACCUUACCAGAUCAUUCCAGUGAUGAACGCGACCAGCAUAACGCACGAUGUUUACACGGUACUUUUCAUCGCCGAACUGCAUCCCUUGUCUAUCGCGACUUACCAUAUUCAGCAUGUAGAAAAAAUUGCGCCGGAGGUACUUUCGGUAAUUUACUGCAGUCAUUGUGGCAAAGACACUUUGUUCCCAGUGAAAGCAAUGCAAACGGGCAACGUCCAGCUGGAAAAUGGGAAGAUAAAGCUUCUCUUCGACGGUCAGACGGGUUUUCUCAAGACCGUUACGAAGAAGGCUACGGGACGCAUAAUGCAGUGCGGUAUUCAAUUCGCGGCUUAUACAUCGGCGCAGUUUCACAGCGGUGCGUAUCUCUUCAUGCCGGAUCCGAUACUCCGCGACACCGACAAGGACGUACUCGAGGCGUACACGCCUCACCAGAAAAUCUACAUCGUCUCUGGUCUGUUGAGCGCAAGACUGACCGUGGAGUACGGUAAACUACUGGUGCAUCACGCCUCCAUAUACCACGUAGAGAACGGUCUCGCGGAGGCGGUGUACCUUAAGAACGUAAUAGACUUCGAAACUCCCCCUAAGAACCGUGAGACCGAAAUGUUCAUGCGGGUGCAGACCGACAUUCAGAACGAGGACCCGCCCGAGUUUUACACCGAUUUGAACGGGCACCAGAUGCUGAAAAGAACAAAGAUCGAAAAGAUCGGGAUCGAGGGAAAUUAUUACCCCAUUACAACGAUGGCGUACAUCGAGGACGCGACACAGAGACUCACUCUUCUCGUUGAUCACGCGCAGGGGGCCGCGAGCUAUCAACCGGGGUGGCUCGAAGUGAUGCUGGACCGGAGGACGCUCUAUGACGACGCUAGAGGAAUGGGUGAGGGGCUAUUGGAUAAUCGCAAAACGGUUUUCAAACACUGGCUCUUGCUCGAGGACGUUCACGGGAAUAGAGAUGCGUACUCGAGAGCGUCGCUAUUCGCUAACCACAUGAGCAACGCGCUCAAUUACCCCGUCAACGUAUUCGUACUUUCGAUCGAGGGCGCGGAGCAAGAAGUUAAGGUCAUCGCCGACACGCGACUGAUCACGCAGAGUUUCCCUUGUGACGUCCACCUUCUCAAUUUGAGAACCAACCACGAUCAAAAGCUCUCGCAUUUCCCGACGAACAGCGCACUGAUGGUGCUUCAUCGUCAGGGGUACAGCUGCUCGGUUGGGACCGACGCAAUAUUCAAGAACUGCCCUCCGGGAAAUAAAUUUUCACCGAACACAUCGUUCUACAGACUUGGGAUAAACGUCACCAAGACUUCGCUCACCGGUACAAAAGUACAAAAGCAAUUGAGCGACGGUUUUGCUGAGAUCGAUGUUGCGCCGAUGGAAGUGGAAACGUACGAUCUGCGUUUCGUCUAAUUGUAAGAGAGCGCGUUGCAUCGUUAGAACUCAAAACGAUUGAGAAGCCUUUCUAGAGGAGAUGAGGAGAAGGGGCUAUCGGAAGUCCUCUGACGACGGGUACUCCGAAAACGCGAUUCGUAGUAUUUUCAAAAUGACGAAAAAAAUUUUCAAAUUUUGGAAAGAUAAAAUAUUUAGCCACAUUCUGCUACAUGGAAAUAUGAAAUUUCUCAAAGUUUCGUGUAACUCGAGAGCAUCGUUCCAAAGAAACUAUACGAAACGCUUUUUUCGUAGAAGUCUUGUACAUAUCAGCCUCAUCUCCACCGAUAUAGUAUCUUAGGGAUUCUUUAUAGGUACAUACACAGCAGUAUUCACGAUGACGGCGUGAACUUCUGUAUGCGUGCAUCGAUACGUCGUGACGGCAAAAACGACUCGAUUGAAUCCAACUAUCUAUUUUCGUACGCUUUCGAAAUUUUAAGGCCAGCCAUUACAAGGGAGGGGGUUACUCACGGUUGACUUGGGAGUUUAUCAGGGUGGAUUCUUUCGCGUGACUCAACGUCUCUUUUUUCAGCUGCCAAAAUGUGUGUGUGUGUAUAUCUAUGAGCUCUAAAUGGGCUCGGUCUAGCGAUAUUCAUUUAAUUCGACACGUCGAUCGGUUACAUCCAAUUGAUUGUUAUUCGGAAAACUCACUUUUUUCUGUGCGUGCUGGACAGCAGAGUCACUUUCUAUACCGCGUCAAUUCCCACCUCAAUCCAAUACAGUCAAUUACCUAUACGUCGUGAAUUUUCGUGUACUCUGAUUACGAAUUUAAAUCGUGGAUUCUUGUGAACUUGACAAAUUUUUACCGGUAUUGUUGAUACAGGUUCGCAUGAUAUAGGAUAAUUUUGUGGGAGAUAUAUAGCCAAUGGUCAAAAUUUAUCAUCGAUUGACUUCGAGUAUCUGAAGCAAAAUCUUACCAACGUCGUAAGCCUGCAGCAUCUACACGUAAGCUUUGCUAAUAAAAACUUCGUCCUUCGAGGUAUACAACACACAUUUUUCAAGUGUACACAUAACAAUGUCACUCGCUUAAUAGUUGAUCGAUUAGUGUUUGUGACUUGGCGGCGUUUCGCUGCCGCAAAUCUUGAUGUGUGUAUGAAAUUAUGAACAUUAUGAAAUCAUUUUCAUUCGAUAACUGAACGCGGUAGGGAUCGUUCCCGCUUUGACAAUUAUCCACUCGUGGAAAAGAUUUUCCAAGUUGCCAGGAUCUUCCAAAAUAAAGGAAAAAUUUCGAAAAAUUAGAGGUGUCCUUUUUGACCGAAAUGAGCCGAAGGGACAAAAAAAAUCCCAGAGGGUCAGGCCGAUGAUAGUGGCACGGUGGAUGCACCGGUAAACGAUCCCUCAAAUUUUCUUGAUUGAUUUCAUCAAUUUUAUCUGAUUUGGUGAAUAUCGGGCAUACGCGAUCGACUGCAUCCUAAUUUUACGUACAUCUGUAGCUGAGUGGAAAUUUUUGUGUACAAGAAUUUGGCUCCUAUAUGCAGGAUGACCUUUCUACGUUCUCGCAGCUGAGAAUUCGCUCGCCCCUAUUUUCCGAUAAGAUUUAUACAUAUUCUGUAAUAUAGAGUCAUUUAUGUCUGUACAAGAAUUAUUUAAUGAUAUACUGUAAUAUAUUAUAUGUUUGUGCUGUCUCUAGAGGAUAUAUAUACCUAUAUAUUGCAUAUUGUAAUAUAUACACAUACCUGUGUAUGUGUAUUAUAAUAAUUAAUCAUGGAACGUCAAUUGCGCUGCGGCGAUUCCGCAUUUCCAGAUAUUCUCAUGAAAUCGUGCAGACUAGACGUGUUCGACGCGGGGCGGGGGGAAGUGGUAAUAGGGCAGGAGGGAGGAGGAAAUAAAGUAAAUAAAUGAGUCAAACAAUAA